GAAGAAUCAAGUUGACUCCAGACGUUUUGGGAUGCCAUCAAGGAUUUAAAGGUAAAUAAUGACAGAUUUUACAACUAAGUCUUAAAGAUAAACACAUUUCAUAUAAUAACUUGUCUCCAUUUCAAGUAUUAUGCUACAUUUCAUCUAGGCUUGUUUACGAAAAAAGCAGUCACAUUUGUUGGUAGCGUUUAAACAAAAGCAUUUGUGAUAAGUUCACUCAUUUAUAUAAACGCAAACAACAUGGCUGAAGUUACUACCAGACCUUCCGUUUUGAAUGCUGCAGAAGAAGACAUUAAGCAGCUCCUGGCUGCUAACGCCCAUAUUGGUUCCAAAAACUUAGAGGUUCGUAUGGACCCCUACGUCUGGAAGCGCCGUAGCGAUGGCGUCCACAUCCUCAACGUUGGUAAGACUUGGGAAAAGUUGGUUUUGGCCGCUCGUAUCAUCGCCACUGUUGAAAACCCUGCCGACGUUUGUGUCGUUUCUACUCGUGCUUACGGACACCGUGCUGUCUUGAAAUUUGCAGCUCAUACUGGCGCAACCGCCAUUGCUGGUCGUUUCACUCCCGGUAAUUUCACUAACUAUAUUACUCGUACUUACCGCGAACCCCGUUUGAUUAUUGUCACUGAUCCUCGUGCUGAUGCUCAAGCAAUCAGAGAGGCAUCUUUCGUCAACAUUCCCGUAAUUGCUCUUGCUGAUACUGACUCUUGCUUGAAUCACAUUGAUGUUGCUAUCCCUACCAAUAACAAGGGCCGUAAGUCUAUUGGUUUGAUUUGGUACUUGUUGGCCCGUGAAGUCCUUCGUCUUCGCGGUACUCUAUCCCGUAACACCCCUUGGGAAGUUAUGCCCGAUCUCUACUUCUAUCGUGAUCCUGAGGAGGUUGAACGUGAAGAGGAAGCUAAGAAGGCCGUUGCUGCUGAAGCUGAAGCCAAUGCUGUUGCUGAGGCUGCUACUGCUGCUGAAUUCGAUGUUACUGAUGCUGCCCAAACCGCUGUUGACCCCUCCGUUUUGGAUGCUGCCACAGCCGGUCAAGUUGCUGAAAACACCUGGGACGAUUCUGCUAACUGGAACACUACUGGAACAGCUCCUAGUGAUUGGGCUGCCUCUGCUCAAAUGGCUUAAAUUGUUUGCUUGUGUUUUUAUAUGUAGCAUAUUUAGAUUUGAAGUGUAAUGAAAGUUUGGUUGAAACAUUAAUGAAUGCUCAUCGAUGUAUUGUCUGUGCAACUAGUAUUACCA